AGCCGCAGCCGCGACGCCCGCACCGCCGCUCCGCACCCCAGCCACGCUCGGGGCGGGAGGACUGCUCGCUGUUGAAGGUGACAACAGGAUUUAUAAAAGUGAAGAAUUUUUAAAGAAGGUGACAAAAAGAGAAGAAACAUGCCAAAACCAAUCAAUGUAAGAGUAACCACAAUGGAUGCUGAGCUGGAAUUUGCCAUCCAGCCCAAUACAACUGGCAAACAACUUUUUGACCAGGUGGUGAAAACAGUUGGUUUGCGUGAAGUCUGGUUUUUUGGGCUGCAGUACGUGGACAGCAAAGGUUAUUCUACAUGGCUUAAACUAAAUAAAAAGGUGACACAGCAAGAUGUUAAAAAAGAGAAUCCUUUACAGUUCAAAUUUAGAGCUAAAUUUUUUCCUGAAGAUGUUUCUGAGGAAUUAAUUCAAGAAAUAACCCAGAGACUUUUCUUCUUGCAAGUUAAAGAGGCUAUCUUAAAUGAUGAGAUAUAUUGCCCACCAGAAACUGCAGUCCUUCUGGCAUCCUAUGCUGUCCAAGCCAAGUAUGGAGAUUAUAACAAAGAGAUUCACAAACCAGGCUACCUGGCUAAUGAUAGGCUUCUACCCCAGCGUGUUUUAGAACAACACAAAUUGACAAAAGAGCAAUGGGAAGAAAGAAUACAGAACUGGCAUGAAGAACAUAGAGGAAUGCUAAGGGAAGACUCUGUGAUGGAAUACCUGAAGAUUGCACAGGACCUAGAAAUGUAUGGAGUCAACUAUUUUGAAAUAAAAAAUAAAAAGGGAACUGAGUUGUGGCUAGGUGUUGAUGCUUUGGGUCUGAAUAUUUAUGAGCAUGAUGACAAGUUAACACCUAAAAUUGGUUUUCCCUGGAGUGAAAUCAGAAAUAUUUCAUUUAAUGACAAAAAAUUUGUUAUAAAGCCAAUCGACAAAAAGGCACCUGAUUUUGUUUUUUACGCACCUCGUCUGAGAAUUAAUAAGCGGAUUUUGGCCUUGUGUAUGGGAAACCAUGAACUGUACAUGCGAAGAAGGAAGCCUGACACCAUUGAAGUACAACAGAUGAAGGCUCAGGCUAGGGAGGAGAAACAUCAGAAGCAGUUGGAAAGGGCACAGUUAGAGAAUGAAAAGAAGAAAAGAGAAAUAGCAGAAAAGGAAAAGGAAAGAAUAGAACGUGAAAAGGAAGAGCUAAUGGAACGUCUAAGGCAAAUUGAAGAACAGACCAUGAAAGCCCAGAAAGAACUAGAAGAACAAACUCGAAAAGCUCUGGAACUGGACCAGGAACGAAAACGAGCAAAAGAAGAAGCAGAAAGGCUUGAAAAGGAGCGUCGAGCUGCUGAAGAGGCCAAGUCAGCUAUAGCAAAACAAGCUGCUGACCAGAUGAAGAAUCAGGAACAGCUAGCAGCGGAACUUGCUGAAUUCACAGCCAGGAUUACACUUCUAGAAGUAGCCAAGAAGAAAAAGGAGGAGGAAGCUAAUGAGUGGCAACAAAAAGCUUAUGCAGCCCAGGAGGACUUGGAAAAGACCAAAGAAGAGUUAAAAAGUGUGAUGUCUGCCCCGCCCCCUCCACCACCACCACCAGUCAUUCCUCCAACAGAAAAUGAACAUGAUGAACAUGAUGAGAAUAAUGCUGAGGCUAGUGCUGAAUUAUCAAGUGAUGGGGUAAUGAACCAUAGAAGUGAGGAGGAACGUGUAACAGAAACACAGAAAAAUGAACGUGUUAAGAAGCAACUCCAGGCAUUAAGUUCAGAAUUAGCUCAAGCCAGAGAUGAAACUAAGAAAACACAAAAUGAUGUUCUGCAUGCUGAGAAUGUUAAAGCAGGCCGUGAUAAAUACAAGACUCUGCGACAGAUUCGACAAGGCAAUACAAAGCAACGUAUUGAUGAGUUUGAAGCAAUGUGAGAGCUGUUAUUUUGCAUACAUGUUCUUCAUAAGCUGAACCACCAACAGAGAAAAGCAGGCCUUUGCAGAUGUGAUGGAAUGCAUCCCACCUUGCCAAAGCACUUAUACCAGUUUGACUGUGGUGGCUAAAAGACAUAUUUAAGGGGAGCUCUUCAACAUUAAGGCAGUGUGACAUCGUGUUUGGUUUUCUUUUUCUUUUGAGCCAGGGACUGGAGAACUGUUCAUCACCUCCUUUCAUAUUUUGCAUUUUCCUUUUUUUUUUUCUGUUGAAGAUUAACACUGAUUAUCAUGUCUAACAAAUGUGUAUGUGUGAUUUAAGCACUUUUGUACAUUUUAAAGGAUGAUGGUGAUUUAAUGAGUGUUUAGGUUUUCCCUUGCCCCUUCCAUAUUUUACCUACAUGUAGUUCCACAUUCUCUCUCAUUAUAUUUUCUCAGUGUGCCCUUCUCAUACCUUGCCAUGCCAUAGCCAUAAUUCUGCCAUCAUUGGCAGUGUUUAAAAUGAGUGUAGGUCACAGUGGACAGACUUUGAUCAUUAUGUAGAAGAUGGCUGUGAAUCACAAAAAGGAUUAGGAAGUUGAACAGUGUAGUGUGCAACUGUGGUUAAUUUUUUUAAAUCCCAAUUUUGUUACAUUAUUGGAUAUUUGAUACUUAAUUACAGCCAUCUUUGACAGCUGAAUUGAUUAGUGUUUCAUCUUCUGUUAUCCUUUGGUUUUCUUUGCCUACCAAUUCACAAAGGUGUAGACAGCAGGUAGUAGUUCCCUAGGAGAGAGUUCAUUGAUGAAAUACUACCUGCAAGUAAUAGUUGUCUUAAAGAUUUAAAAACUAGCUCUUUCAUAGAUUGGUUUAGAUAAAUAGACAUUUAAUAAAAGAAAAUACACAUUUGUUGGUUAUUGAUUAUAAUCAUUAAAAACCUUGGACCUUUCUGGAAGGGCAGCAUAUGAGAACAUCAGCCCCAUGAGGGGACAGUAAUACUACCUCACUACUACACCUGCAAUGUCUGGUUGUUCAAACACAGUGGCUUGUUCAAGUGAUAUGUUUUCUAAUACAUAGUAAUACUUUCUCUCAUGAAUAGCUAUGUUUGAGAUUUCUUUUUCCUUCAGAAUAUCUUAGAAUGCUAAGUUUUUAACUGCCUUUUUGUUGAGCUGAAUUGUGGGACUCUGAAUUUCAUUAAAAUUAUAAGCUCUCACUGGUAUACUAUCUUCCUGGAGAGGUUGUAUGUCUGAGGAAGAGUGUGUGUGAGUGUGUGUGUGUGUGUAAGAGAGAUGUUGCCCUUGUAGCAUAUGAAGGGUGUCUAUACCUUCAUUUCUUGAUAUAAUUGUUACAUGAUCAUUUUAGCAUAUUUGGUUCCUAAAUCACUGUGCUUAUUUUUUUCAGUUUCUGACUAAGAGUACUAAAAUUUGGUUUGUUGAUUCUAUUUUAGAAAUUGCAAUUUUAGGUAAUAUUAAGUUCAAUUAUGUCUUAAGAAGAAAUCUUUCCAGUUUGAAAGAUGGUCUAAUAUUCACAUGUUCUAACAUUUUCUUUCUUAUAAAACAUCUGGAUUUGGAGAUAAGGAAAGCCUUAUUUUCUCUGUGUGGUUCAGCUACUUUUCAUUUGGUAUUAUGCAUUCAAAUUGACAUUUAUCUAUUAAAAUUGCCAUUUUAUUAAGACAUUUUCAUGCACAGUAGAUUCAAGUUGUGUCUGAAAAUAUCUCUUGUGCUUUUUUGAUUUUGCUGACUUUAAAAGGAUUAAUCUGGGCAGACAUUAUGAAAAGGAAAGGUUGCAUUUUAAUAUAUUUUUUGGACUUUGUAGGACAAAAUAUAACUGGUUAACCUUGAAGUGACUUUUGCACAUGGUUGUGCACAUGCUUCAAAACACUGUGGAAGAGAAUGUUUCUACUUACAGCACAUUAGAGCAAUGCAUGGUGAACCCUUCUGUUCAUGCUUGAGCAUAAGUGUUCACGUUUCCAAAGCAUUACAGCAGUUGCCAUGACGGGGGGAGACAUGGAUUAUCAUUGGAUUUAUUAUUUAUUUUCUUCAUUUUGAAUUGUAUGCACUACCAUUGCUACAUCAGUUUGAUAUCAGUGUUGAAAAAUUACCAGUUAUAUUGGCUGUUUAGGAUUAAAAUGGAGUUAAUCCGUUUUAAAGCUGUGUGAAUUUUUCUAAACAGGAACAACUAUUUGCAAUAUGGAUUUUCAUAGUGAUUAAACCAAUUAUAACUUUUAUUAUUAGCAGUUGAGAACACAUGUUCAUAUAGCAAUGUAAAAAUACAUUAAUGAGUAUUUGGUAAAUUCCAACAGGCUUUUACCAUUAGCAUAAUUUUGUGUUGUACAAUUAAAUUAUAGUUACAUCUAUAAUUUUGGAUAACAUUCAUUGGUUAACAAUAAAGUGACAAAAGCUCA